AUGGGCGACGAGCAACGCCCUCCGCGUCGUCCAUCCAUAACGGUCAUUCAGUCUGGAAAUGCUGAACAGCUUCCUUACCUCACAGAGCCAUCUUCCACAGGGACGACAGUCUCUUUCGUUGGUGAUUCUCGAUUUCGUGCGCCCAAUGAACCCCUCUCCUCCAGCCGGCAAGGAAGCGCCGCCAAGGUGGCUAUCCCGAGAGUUUCCAGCCUCUCUGAGCAGUCUAGCAUAAACAAGCGGCUCAGAGAUCUUACGAACCAGGUUCAAGACUACGAACAACUGCUUAGUGACCUUCAAACAAAACUCGAUCCGGAGGACACCCAACUGAUUCAGGAGACCCUAUCUAGAUAUAACUUUGAGGGUGACGGGUCCAUUGCCGACGAGCUUUCUAUGCCAGUGACUCGACCUGCGCCAUCGGAACUAGGUCCUUCUGACAUAGAUCUCACAGGAACACCGCCGCGACCAAUUGUUACUGGCUUUCUAAGCGGUGCCGAUUAUACGGAGGAAGACUUCAAUCGGAACGAGCGGUCCAAGUCACUGGGUUUUAUGGGGAAGCACUCGGAAACGUCGUGGUUAUAUCAACUCAAACGCGAGCUUGAAUUUAAGUUCUCGGAGAUAAACAGCAUUGAAACAUGGACACCGGAAGAUCAGCAAGAUCAUAAUUCCAUUGCCUCCGUAAGCUACUUCCUAGAUGACAAUGAACUUGCCGUUCUCGAGGAUGCAGAGCCUUUAGCACGGCCGCAGCAGGCUAUUGCGAACAGUUUAGUGCAGAACUUUUUCACUACGGUGCACCCUACUUUUCCCAUCAUAGUGCAAGAUACGUUUGUCCGCCAGCUGAAUACCUUCUACAACUCUCCCUUUGUGCGACCGGGCCGGAGAUGGCUGGCUGUUCUAAACCUCGUGUUUGCCACCUCGUCGCGAUGUUUCAACUAUCAGAUGCAGCCGAACUCGUUAGCGGCGAACGAUGACAGUCUGUUAUACUUCUCCCGAGCAUGGAAGCUCAGCAUGACAGAUCACGCUCUUCUGGACCACCCUGACCUACAACAAGUGCAAAUUGAAGGUCUGACAGCAAUUUUUCUCCUGGCUUCGGGCCAUGUAAACAGGGCAUGGAGAAUAUGCGGCAUGGCGAUCCGCUCGGCGACGGCCAUGGGACUCAAUCUUCGCAGCGAAAGUAAUUAUGUGACGCUUGCAUCGAAAGAAUCUCGCUACAAAGUCUGGUGGUCGCUUUAUACUCUUGAGACGAUUCUUGGUAAUAUGACGGGGCGUCCCUUGAGCGUGGAGAAAGACUUUUGUACGACGCCGCUGCCCGUGCCCUUCGAAGAACAUGAAUAUACGGACACAAACGUAAUACGCAUGAUGUCAGAACUCAAGAUUCGCAACACUCUUUUGGGACAUGUCGUUACGCGGCCUAUUGGGGAACUGUUUGUGACGCUUGAUGAGAAGUCAGUGCGGAGUGCGAUGGAGACACUGAAGCCGAACAUGGCGCUCUACUUUGUGUGCUUCGUUGAUCUCACUCGGAUUAACCGAGAGAUCGUUGAGACUCUCUAUGCACCAGAAAUCGUCCAGAACUCAUCUCGUGACGCUGGCGGGGCCAUUACAGACGCGAAUGCCAAAUUAGAGGCCUGGCUUUCCAAGUUGCCGGCAGGCUUUCGAUUUAUAGGGAAAGAACAACUAGCUACACGGGAGCGAUUUAAUCUUUGUUUGGCAUUGCACUUUUACAGUGCCAAGAUAUUAGCCUGCAAGCCAUGCUUGCACUACUCUGACAGACCGGUUGCUGCCGACGACAGCUUUUACGAUCGAAUAGCAGCCUCCUGUGUGCAAUCUGCGUGCCGCAUGCUAGAUCUGUUCCCGGCGGAGUACGAUGCCUCGUGGCUCAACCAGGUGGCUCCAUGGUGGUGCAUACUACACUAUCUGGUUCAAGCAACAGCUGUACUCUUAAUCGACUUCCCACUGAAUCCUGCGACGACGGCGGCGGCGGCCGGGGGAGUUUCUGCUGUGGAACCCAGACAGGCACUGGAGAAAGCGGCUAGUUGGCUCAAUGAGAUGGCGCUGAGGGAUAUGGCUUCUCAGAGAGCGUGUGCUAUCUGUGCAUCGUUACUGCGAAAGCUUUCUCAAGUGGUGGUGGCGGGGAGGGGAGAUGAAGAGGCUCAGUUUUCUGAAGUAGGCCUAUAUCGCUGA